GCAACAGGUGCUUUGGGACACUUUCUACCAAUGCCCAGUGCUACAAACAUGGCUGUCUCAGUGCUUCGGGUGACAAUUGUCCUGGGACUGCUUGCCUUAAUCCUGACUUGCCAUGCCGAUGACAAGCCAGACAAGCCAGACAAGCCAGACAACCCAGACAACGAGUCAGAUGACUCGGGCAAAAUGCCAAAGCCAGAUUUCCCCAGAUUCCUAAAUGUCUUGGGCAGAGAGAUCAUUGAGGAUGCGGUGUCACUCUUCCUCGGCUCCGUGAUAAAGCGCAAGACACACCUACAGGGCUCCAGAACAAUCCCAAGGCUGCCAGAUCCUACUUUUCCAGUUCUUCUGCACCACGCGGCCUCCAGGACCCAGGCCUCAAAGCACCUCCCAGCAAGUUCUUAGGAUUCGGGCUCUGACCGCAACCAAGUGCAGCUUUACUGUGAGCACCAUGACUUUGCAUGUUUGCUUCUAGAAGUCAGAAUAAAUGUGUCCUCUUUGGGUGUCACACAUCCAAGUUCAUUGAGAAGAUUUUUAUUGAUGGUACCAAUUUUUUCCUGAGGGUGUUUAAACUUUUUUAAUGCUGCGAAAAUAUUAAAUAUGUAAGAAUUAUCAGCAAGAAUAACCAAAGAAUGGUUCAAAAUAAGGAAACCAAAGGCCAGGUCCAAAGUCACAGGAUCAAGAAAUGAUAAAAAGAGGAUUUUAAUCUGAUUUCAAAGAACAUCCUCUUAAGCCCUAAAAAAUGUGUACGUUUCGAAGAUAAAAGUUUCAUGCAUCUUUUUGGAAAGUCUUUUGAAAAUAUUUAAGCUCGUUCUCCUGAGCUAGUAAACGAAAAGCUAACCUUUUUAAAAUAUAUGUAUAUAAUGACAAGGUUAUCGCUGUGCCACAGAGGCUUUAUUAUUCUCAUAGAAGAGCAGUGUCUGGGACAGAAGAUUCCUGGAAAAGUCUAGUGCGGCCCUGUCACUGGCUCCAUCACCCCUUUCACUGCACAGAGGUGGGUCCCUGGUGGCCAUCACUGUGGUUCUCACCAGUUAGUGAGAAUCACACCAUUCUACCACCCGACCCUGCUGAACCAGGGAGCCUCCCAGAAUUAUUUACCAUGCAAAGGAAGGGCAUGAUGACAAGGACAGCAGCACUCUCAUCUGGAACAGAGGAUCAACCUGCGUCUGCUACUGAGCUCUCCAGGGCUGACCUGAGUCCCGUCCUUCCCAAGCCCUUUACUCUGAAAACAACCCCAGUGCACUUUCAAUAAAUCUUUUG